AUGUGGGGCCACAAGGUAGUCGAGGUUACUCAGGACAACCAGAUUCCGCCUACAGUCCCUGAGUCCCCGUCUUCGGAUGGCCGACCGGUUACCUUGAACUGGAUCAAGGGCCGCUUGAUUGGGAAGGGGUCGUACGGCCGAGUAUACCUCGCUUUCAAUGUCACUUCAGGCGACAUGAUGGCAGUUAAGCAGGUGGAGCAGGUGCAGUCUGGUGACGGCACGGUCGACCCACGGCAGAAGAGCAUGCUCGAUGCUCUGCAGGGCGAGAUAACCCUCCUCAAGGAUUUGUACCACACCAACAUCGUCGCCUACCUUGGCUACGAGACGAGUCCCAAGUAUGUGUCGAUUUUCCUGGAGUAUGUUCCGGGAGGCACCAUUGCCGCCAUCUACCGCACGCCCGACUUGGGUCGUUUCGAGGAGCAGCUGGUCAAAUACUUUACUCGCCAGAUUCUUGAAGGCCUAGCCUACCUGCACGACAAACGUAUCUGGCACCGCGACCUAAAAGGCGACAACAUCCUUGUCGACGCGAGCGGUGUGUGCAAAAUCUCUGACUUUGGCAUCUCGAAGCAGACGGCGGACGUGUACGACUCGAACAACAACGGCACGAUGAUGAAGGGCUCGGUUUUCUGGAUGGCACCCGAAAUUAUCGCGCCGCAAGGCGCAAGCAGCUAUAGCGGCAAGGUAGACAUCUGGUCGCUGGGAUGCGUCGUCCUAGAGAUGUGGACGGGCGCGCGCCCAUGGCACGACGUGCAGGAGCAGAUGACUGUGAUUUUGAAUCUCUUCCAUCGCUGCACCCCCCGGCUUCCCAACGACGUGCAGCUCUCCCCUGUGGCGCUCAAGUUCCUGUACCAAUGCUGCCUCGCCAUCAACCCGCGAGACCGCCCCACUGCCAUCGAGCUGUUGCAGCACGAGUUCCUUACCGACCGCAAUCCGUCAUGGACGUUCUCCGACUCGAAGAUCGGAAAGGCGGUGGCUAAGCGCGGCGCGAGAGCAAAUGCCGAAAAGGCUGAGAAGACGCGCACCGCGAGCGCGAGCUCUGGCACCGCCAUGUGA